GGCUGGGAGCGCGGGGGCGGAGCCCCGAGGAGCGCGCGUGGCGGCGACGGUCAUGGAGGGAGUCAGCGCCGGCUUCCGGAAGGAACUGGUGAGCAAGCUGUUGCACCUGCACUUCAAGGACGAGAAGACCAAAGUCAGCGGGGACGCACUCCUGCUCGUGGCAGAACUGCUGAAGAUCUUCGUUGUGGAAGCGGCCACGCGCAGUGCCCGGCAGGCCCAGGCGGAGGACCUGGCCUGCGUGGGUGUGGACCAGCUGGAGAAGGUGCUGCCGCAGUUGCUCCUGGACUUCUAGGGCCUCCGCCGCCUGAGCGACUCACGGCCCAGCCCAGCGUCCACACGUCCUCUGAGGCCUCUGGCUCCAUCGGGCGCACGGUUGUCCCCGACAGCCGCCCCUGCCCUGGUGACCGGAGGUGGCGGGCGGCGGCAGUGUGGCAGAAGCAGGGACUGCGCCCUCUGCCGACAGGCCAAGCCCUGCAGCCCACCGCUGCUCUCAGAUGGCAUGUCACCUCCUGCCCAUGAGAUGCUCCCUCAGCAGAGAGCACGUUCCCAAGGAGCUAUGUCAAUAAAUCAGCCACUGCACC